AUUAAUUUAGGACCAGAUAAAUGUGUACUAUAUGUGUGUAUUUUUAAAUUGAAGGGGAGAGAGAGAGAGAGAGAGAGAGAGAGAGAGAGAGAGAGAGAGUUUUGGUGAUGGCGAGAAGGGCAGGAGGAGAGUGUAUACAGCAGAGGUCGCCAAAGAGAGCUGAUGAUCAACCGUCGUCGGCGUCACAGGAACUUCAUGUCCUCGCCGUCGAUGACAGCCACGUGGACCGGAAGGUGAUCGAGCGGUUGCUCAAGAUCUCUUCUUGCCGAGUUACGGCCGUAGAGAGCGGGAGCAGAGCGUUGCAGUAUCUGGGUUUGAACGGAGACAAGAAGAGCUCCGUCGGAUUCGAUGUGAAUUUAAUUUUGACUGAUUAUUCUAUGCCUGGGAUGUCAGGAUAUGAACUUCUCAAGAAGAUCAAGGAGUCGUCGCAUUUGAGAGAAAUACCAGUGGUGAUCAUGUCAUCCGAGAAUAUCUUAGCUCGCAUCGAUAGAUGUUUGGAGGAAGGAGCAGAAGAAUUUCUCGUGAAGCCAGUAAAGCUUUCAGAUGUGAACCGGUUGAAAGAUUACAUACUGAGAGAGCAGGGAGAGGAAAAUGGAGGUAGAGGAAAACGAAAAAGAAAUCUACAAGACGAUUACGCACCUCCAUCCCCAUCGUCGUCAUUGCAGCCGACAUAACUUGGCUUAAUUGGGAUCAAUUAUAUCAUCAUCCCUCGCGCCAUGUCCAUUGCCACCGUCGCCUCAAUCUUCCUUCAAAACGGCACAAAUUGUCGAACGUUGGAUUGAUUGGCGUAUCCUUGCGAUGCGUUGGCCCAUGGCUGUGGUGUUUCGCAUUUUGGGGUUGUGAUGGAUGUAUUUUGUUCAUCUUUUGUAUUUCUUAGCAGUUGUAUAAGUUGAAUAAAUAUUCUCUCAUGUGAAGAUCUGUCACGUGAUCCCUCUGGGAUGCAAAAUAGGAUUUAAUAUGGUCCCAUUCGACGAUUUAAGCCACUCAUUUCGUAGGUAUUCAUGUCUACGUCAUUCGUGCAAAAAUGUUAAUUUGAUCGGGCAUCGAUAUCA